GGGCUCUUAGUUUGAUUUCGUGAUGUGUGCAUCUAAUUCUAACAGCAUGAAAAUGAUUCCAAUUGCCUCUAGUUGGCUGUGCACGUGUGAGAAUUGAACAGAGUGAGAACAUUCAAUUGUUGGCCCACAUUUCGGACCCCUGUCACAUUCUGACUUCAAUUCAUGUCUAACAUUCUUUUCGACGUCUUCAAUAGACAACCAGCUGUUGAGAUGACAGCAUCUUUUCUUAAGCCACCCGUCUCAAUGGCGUUCGCAGCUCCUCUAUACAGGCGCCAAUGCCUGUCAUGCCUCUUCCAACGAUCGCAUCUCCAAGUCGAUCGAUCCGCCUUCCAGCUACCGCUGGCGAUGCAGACAAGAUAUGCCACGACCGGAACCAGUGCCAAUGCCGCCAAAUAUCGAAAAAAGAACAAAGCUGCCGGGAAGGAAACGAAGAAGAAGAAGAAGGGUCCGCAAGAGUAUCGCCAACCGAACCUGAAGCUUGCUGAGCAGUAUACGCUGUGCGAUGCGAUGCGAAUCAUUCAAGCAUUUGAAGUCGGCCGUCCUCCGAAUGUCCCAAAAUACGAGCUUCACAUUCGCCUCCGGUCGCUCAAAGAUGGCCCCGUCAUCCGUAAUCGCGUCCGACUCCCUUACCCUGUCCGUACCGACCUCCGCAUAUGUGUCAUCUGCCCAGCCGAUUCUCCACAAGGGAUCGCCGCCCGUGAGGCCGGAGCCGCGCUUGUCGGCGAAGAAGAAGUUUUUGAGAAGGUCAAGGCGGGAAAGAUUGACUUUGAUCGAUGCAUCGCGCACGACGAAUCCGUUGCAAAGCUGAACAAAGCUGGUGUCGCGAGGAUCCUAGGACCUAGGCAGCUGAUGCCAAGCGCGAAGACGAAUACCAUCGUAAAGGACGUUGCCGCGGCAUUACGAGACAUGGGCGGUGCGAGCGAGUAUCGAGAAAGUCGGGCGGUGAUACGGGUCGCCAUUGGACAGCUGGGUUUCACACCGGACAAGCUGAAGUCGAAUGUGGCAGCCCUGAUCGGUCAGUUGAAGAAAGAUAUGGCCGCGAUGAGCGAAAAGAUCUCCAAGGACAUUCAUGAAGUGGUUCUGAGCUCCACAAACUCCCCUGGAUUCAGCCUUAACGGACAAUUCCGGAGCGAGAAGUCUCUGCCUAUGGAGCAACUCGUGUUCCUAGAAAGCGAUUGGCGAGCCGACACGCAGACUUCAAUAUCACAAUAGUCUGAAUGAGUGGCAGAAGGUUUUCCAUGGCCUGCCAUGAGCUUGUAUGUAAAACCAUUUGUUCGAGUAUGCAAUUUUCCUCCGCAAUUCCUCAUAGACGGGGUACUAUGAAUCAUGUCUUUAUUCGACCAUCAGAACCGAAGGGUGUGAUCUUCCCCUGAGGAUUUUUCACAUGCAACUCUGUAGAGGACAUGCAGUUUUAGACGAAAUGACUUUGGAUAUAUUUGCCUAUCUUUACUGUCCAAGCCCAUUGCUGCAUGAAUGAUGUUUUAGUUAUUGAGUAAUAGAGGUCUUCUAUCUUUGCUCAAGGUUAUGGAAGUACCGACAAUAGACUCUUAGAUAAUUUCCGUUAUGGC